AAAAUCCUUAUACUUUCAAUCUGCGUGAUAAGAAAAUUACUAUUUUUAACUCUUGAGUCUUGUAUUUUUCUCAUUGUUUACAUAAUAUUUGUUUUCUAUGAAUUAGUAUAAUGAUACAAAAUAGUAAAGGUUAAAGGAAUUAACUAUUAAGCCAUUUAUAAACUUUUCUUAUAUUUGACAUGUGAUUUGAAAGUGCUAACAUUUUAAUUCAACUAAUCCUUGAACUUGGCAAAUUUUUUAUUAAAAAUUAAUUAUGUCUGAUAAGCCAGUGGUAGCCAGUGGCAAUCAGCCUAUAGUGAAGAUAGGUCACUACACAUUAGGGGCUACUCUAGGAGUUGGAACGUUCGGAAAAGUCAAGAUAGGAGAGCAUCAAUUGACCAAGCAUAAGGUCGCUGUGAAAAUUCUUAACAGACAGAAGAUCAAAUCACUCGAUGUCGUUGGAAAGAUCAGACGUGAAAUACAAAAUCUCAAGCUCUUUAGACAUCCCCAUAUUAUUAAAUUGUAUCAGGUGAUUUCAACCCCAACAGACAUAUUCAUGAUUAUGGAAUAUGUAUCUGGAGGUGAACUCUUUGACUACAUUGUAAAACGGGGCAAACUUCAAGAGCAUGAAGCCAGGCGCUUUUUCCAACAAAUCAUAUCCGGUGUUGACUAUUGCCACCGACACAUGAUAGUGCACCGAGACCUGAAACCUGAGAAUCUGUUGCUGGAUCACAAUAUGCAUGUCAAAAUUGCCGAUUUUGGUUUGUCUAAUAUGAUGAUGGAUGGAGAAUUUCUAAGGACAUCUUGCGGUUCACCCAACUAUGCUGCACCUGAGGUUAUUUCAGGAAAAUUAUAUGCUGGCCCUGAAGUGGAUGUGUGGUCCUGUGGUGUGAUUCUCUACGCCCUGCUAUGUGGAACUCUGCCCUUCGAUGAUGAACAUGUGCCUACACUGUUCAGAAAAAUCAAAUCGGGGAUAUUCCCAAUACCAGAAUACCUGAACAAGAGUGUAGUCAGUCUUCUGUGCAACAUGCUUCAAGUGGACCCAAUGAAAAGAGCUACUAUAGAAGAUGUUAAAAAACAUGAAUGGUUUCAAAAAGAUUUGCCGGGAUAUUUGUUCCCGUCGCCAGUGGAACAGGACAGCAGUGUUAUCGACACGGAGGCCAUUGCGGAGGUGUGCGACAAGUUCGGCGUGCGCGAGCACGAGGUGCACAACGCGCUGCUGAGCGGCGACCCGCACGACCAGCUCGCCAUCGCGUACCACCUCGUCAUAGACAACAAGAGGAUCGCCGACGAGGCCGCCAAGGCUGAGAUCAAAGACUUCUAUGUGGCAAGUGAGUAUUCCCCGCCGGCGAUCACCGAGAGCGGCCGGCCGCACCCGGAGCGCAUCGCGCCGCUUCGCGACAAGUCCGCGCCGGCCGCGCAGCCCGCACAGGACAAGCAGAAGGGCACGCCAGUUAAACGGGCCAAAUGGCACUUAGGCAUCAGGUCCCAGAGCAAGCCGAACGAUAUAAUGCUGGAGGUAUUCCGAGCUAUGAAAGUGCUGGACUACGAGUGGAAAGUGAUCAACCCGUACCACGUUAGAGUCCGGACUUUGAACAAGAUGACCCAGAAACACGUCAAAAUGUCGCUCCAGUUGUAUCAAGUUGACUACAAGUCAUAUCUCCUCGACUUUAAGUCGCUCUCGGGGGAAAAGGAGGAACCAGACGACGAGAUGGGCUGCCCGAGCCCCCUGGUGUCCCCCCUCCCACCACCGCCGCCCGCGGCUCCCAACCAGCCGCAGGGCCACCACACGAUGGAGUUCUUCGAAAUGUGCGCCGCAUUGAUUAUACAGCUCGCUCGAUAAUUGCAGUUAAGAAAUCAAAUUUUUCCUAUCCUUUUCCUGUCGCACUUAAGCUGAAGUCUAUAGAGCGCACUUAAGCUGAGAUCUAUAGAGCGUACUUUGACUUUGCUCAGACAUUAGCUUAAUUCGCACGAGCGUUAAAAAAGCGUUGUGUUAAAAACCGGCGUUGCGCUGAAAAUACAAAGUGCGCGUUAAAAAAGCGUUGACGUGCGAAUAGAUACUUGGGAAUGCAUUUGUAUUUGUUAUUGUUGGUGGUAUUGUACAAAUAGUUCAAAUAGUAGUAAUAGGGUUCAAAACAAAUGCAUUCCCAAGUAUCUGUUCACACGUCAACGCUUUUUACGCGCACUUUGUAUUUUCAUCGCAACGCCGGUUUUUAACGCUCGUGCGAAUUAGGGCUUAAAGCUGUUAAAACGAGGCAGCGUUAUAAUGCUCACAUCGAUCUGUCUCGUUUUAAGUCUGAGCAAAGUCAAAGUACGCUCUAUAGAUUUGAACCUUCGGCUGAAUAGAGUACAUUUAGAUUUUGCACAGACUUAAGUCAAAGUUAAAACGAGACAGAUCGAUGUGAGUGUUAUAUAAUGUUGUCUCGUUUUAACAGUGUCUUAAGUCUGAGUAAAGUUAAAAUAAGCUCUAUAAAUUAAGUUAAGGACUCAAAAAAAGGUACUUUGCUGAUAGUAAAAUCUUCCUACAUUUUGCCUGCCUUGAAUGCACAUAAAUUAGAUGAAUAGGUAUAUAUUUUGAUCUUCCAUAUUUCAAUAAAAUUGUUGCAUAUUGCAAAACACAUUUUACUAGAAAUUGAUGUGAUAUCUCACAAUCGCUAAGUUUGCUGAAAUUUCAGCGUCGCGUCGCCUUAAAUUGAUAAAGUAUACAGUGUGUUUUUAAUAACUGGGGCAGAAUGGGGAAAUCGAAAACCAUACGCGAUACAGGGAAACUGUCUGAGGAAACAACAGAUCUUUUUUUGUUGAAACAAUUUUGGCGUAGUCGAUUUUAUGGUCAAGCGUGAGUUGUCCAUUAAAAAAAAAAAAAAAAAACUGACUAAAUUUUUUAACACUAAUCGACUUGGUAUUAUCUAAGAAGCAUUUCAUUGUAUCAGAAGAAAAGUCGAGACGGCAGAAGUUGGUAGUUUUCAUAGAAUAAUAGAAUGCAAUGUCAUAAAAAUCAUUUGCACAAAAAAUGAUCUAAUGUUUCCUAGUAGCUAUUCUUCUAUGGUUUUGGAUUUGUCCAUACUGUCCCAGUUUAAAAAAACACACUGUACAUUUCUGAACACCUACUUAAGUGUCAUUUUUUACUGCUGUACUUUUGUUCAUUUAUACUAGAGUUUCUCCAAUGUUUAUAAUAAUAUGUAUGUAUAUAGGAAUUCCCCAUAAUUAAAUUAUUGUAUUGUAUUCUUGAAAAUAUUUUGUAAAUUAGAGAAAUAAAAAAUUAAAAUAAUCGUAAUAUUUAUUUUGAUUAAGAUAAGUAAGGUUUGUGUUUUUGACUAAUAUUAUAAUGCAGGCUUUGGCUAGUUUUUUUUCUUAUGAAAAAGUUAUUUAUGUGCUAAAUUAAAAUCGUUAUUCUAGUAUUGUAUAGGAAAUAGAUUAAUAAAUAAAUAACUAUUGUAAAUAGAUCUUUCGGGAUCGAUACAUAAGUGCUGUUUGUGUAAUCAAAGAAAUAUAAAGUGCCUUUUGUAUCGUAAGAACAAUAUGGGUGUAGUGUGCACCUUCAUUAGGUAUACACUGCUAAUACUGAAACA